GACGUAUUCUCCUUCAAUUCCAUAUUCAAUAAUCACGUGGUUCACAAAAAUUAAGUUCCUGGACGGCGCUGGGGCAACUUAACGUCUUUGCAACGAAUAAUUGGAAUCCCUUGUAUAAAAUGUAUUAAUCUUUUGGUUUUUGUUCCAGGAAGUGUUUCCAAAUAAAGGGUUUAGAAUUGCUGUGCUCUUAAUCAGGAAGGUCCUCCAUCAAAUUGAAUAAUUAUUAUUAUUAUCCACUUAAUCAAGCCUAAUAACAAUGUCAUCGCAAGCGACCAAUCGUAUCAAGAAAGAACUGGUUGAACUCACCCAAGACCCACCACCAAAUUGCAGUGCUGUUCCUAAAAAUGGCAACAUCUACGAAUGGGAGUGUCAGAUCUCUGGUCCCCCUGGAUCUGUAUACGAAGGUGGUGUUUUCAUCUUGGAUCUUCAGAUUCCCCCAGAAUAUCCAUUUAAACCACCCGUAGUGACUUGCCGUACCAGAAUCUAUCAUUGCAACAUCAACUACAACAAUGGAUAUAUUUGCCUUGAUAUACUGAGUGAAAAUUGGUCGCCGGCACUAUCCAUUUCGAAGGUUUUACUUUCGAUUUGUUCCUUAUUGACGGACUGCAAUCCGCAGGAUCCUCUGGUACCUUAUAUAGCGCGACAAUAUGUCACCGACCGAGCAGAACAUGAUAGUAUGGCCCGUCUUUGGACAAAAGAGUAUGCUACAUAGGCUAAUAAACCCUCUUGUCAAACAACACCUUCAAUUUAAUUUAAAUUUUUCUAAUAUUUUAUAAUAUGUAUUAAGUAACAUUUAUAUAACUGUUUUCUAUUAUCAGGAAAUAUUUCUUUGCGUUCGAAUUAGAGAUUAGGCUUAUGUUCAUUGUAUUAUAUUUUAAUAAGAAAGUUUUCUAUAAGGUAGAAAUUUGCGAUUUUCAAUUUAAUGAUACCUAUUAUUCACAUAAGGACAAUCCGGUCUACGUGGGCUAAUAAACUCUCUUGCCACACAACGCCUUCAAUUUAAUUUUUCUAAUAUUUUAUAAUAUGUAUUAAGUAACAUUUAUAUAACUGUUUUCUAUUAUCAGGAAAUAUUUCUUUGCGUUUGAAUUAGAAAUUAGGCUUAUGUUCAUUGUAUUUUAUUUUUAUAAGAAAGUUUUCUAUAAGGUACAAAUAUGCGAUUUUCAAUUUAAUGAUACUUAUUAUUCACAUAAGGACAAUCCAGUCUACGUGGGCUAAUAAACCGUCUUGCCACACAACGCCUUCGAUUUAAUUUAAAUUUUUUUAAUAUUUUAUAGUAUGUAUUAAGUAACAUUAAUAUUAAUGUUUUCUAUUAUCACAAAAUAUUUCUUUGCAUUUGAAUUAGAAAUUAGGCUUAUGUUCAUUGUAUUAUAUUUUUAUAAGAAAGUUUUCUAUAAGGUACAAAUUUGCGAUUUUCAAUUUAAUGAUACCUAUUCACAUAAGGACAAUCCAGUUUAUUAUUAUCUAAAUGUUGAAUAAAUGAAUUGAACUCCA